AUGUAUAACAAAAGCACCAGUUCGGAACGAAUAGGUUCGAGAAGCUGCGUGGGGCUGGGUUUGACGUAUUGUGGUAGGGAGAUGCGGACUGUGGUCGAUAGUGGUGAGUUGUGGUCAGGAAUGGAGGAUUGUGGUCGAGUAUCAUGUUGCGACUCAUCUACACCAUUAGUGAGGCGCCAGUUACAAGUGCUGGUAGAACCUGAUUUAUACGCGUUGUUCUCACUCGAGAGAGUUGAAAGAUAA